AUGGCAUCCGAGGUAGCCAGCCUCGCCGUGGUCUCGGCCGCCGCGUCCGUGGCCCUGGCUUACGCUCGUCUCGCCACCUCGCGGCUGGCCCCCGGCAUCCCCCGCCUCGCGGCGCUACUCCCGGUGCUCCUACUCCUCCCAGUCCUCCCCUUCGCCUUCUCCUCGAUCCACCUCCGCACCAUCUCCGCCUUCUUCCUCGUCUGGCUCUGCGGCUUCAAGCUCCUCCUCCUCGCCGCGGGGCACGGGCCGCUCCACCCCGCCCUCCCGCUCGUGCGCUUCGUCGCGUGCGCCGCGCUGCCCGUCAAGGUCCGGGACAAGACCGAGAAGCAGCAGCAACAGGCAUCCCGCUCCUCUCUCCCUUCCGGAUUCCUGCUGUCCUACGCGGCCAAGGCGGCGCUCUUCUCCGCGCUCGUCUCCGUCCGGUGCUACAGGGCGCGGAUGCCCGCAUACGCCGUGCCCGUGUUCGACGGCGCGCACGUGUACCUGAUGCUGGAGCUCUUCCUCGCGUCCGCCGCGGCGCUCGCCCGCGCGCUGCUGGGCGCGGAGCUGGAGCCGCAGUUCGACCGGCCGUACCUCGCCUCCUCCCUCCGCGACUUCUGGGGCCGGCGGUGGAACCUCAUGGUCCCCGGCGUGCUCCGGCCCUGCGUGUACCGCCCCGUGCGCGCACGCUUCGGCGCCGCGGCGGGCGUGCUCGCGGCGUUCCUCGUGUCCGGGGCCAUGCACGAGGUCAUGUUCUACUACAUCACGCUGGAGCCCGGGACCGGGGAGGUCACCGCGUUCUUCGCGCUGCACGGCGCGUGCGCGGUGGCCGAGCGGUGGCUGGCGCGGCAGCACGGCGGCGUGUGGCGGCCGCCGCGGCCCGUCGCGACGGCGCUGACGCUGGCGUUCGUGACGGGGACCGGGUCGUGGCUCUUCUUCGCGCCCGUGAUCCGGAGCGGGCUGGACGAGGCCAUCAUCGCGGAGUGCGAGGGUAUGCUGGCGUUCUUGGAGCGGGCUGGCCGGAAUCUAGCCGCGAUGGCACAUUUGGUUUGA